AUGAAACCACUUCAAACAUUGGCUGGACAAUGUGCUGUUGUGACUAAUAUUGCAACACCAUUAGGUUAUGCUUUGGCUCGAAGAAUUGGUAUGGCUGGAGCAAAAAUUUUUGUAACCGGAACAUGUAAUGGAAAAACAACACGUGCUAUUGAAACUCUUAGUGGUAUAGGUGUUGAUGUUACAGGAAAUGUUAUAGAUAUUACAAAAGAAGAUGAAAGAAAAAAAUUAAUAGAAGUCGUUGAUAAUGAAUUUGGAAAGUUAGAUUCAUUAGUUAUAAAUCACCAACAAAAUACCGUUAAAGGACUCAUUACAGAUGCAACGACAAAAGAUUUUAAUGAAAUGUGUAACAAGUAUUUAACAUCGUCUUUUGAUUUAUCAAACAAGUUUUAUCCAUUAUUACAAAAAUCAGAAAAUCCUUCAGUUGUUUUAAUGGCUUCAAUUACUGGUUUUACUCCUUUUUUGGAUGUUGGAGUGUAUUCUGUUGUGAAUUCAGGUAUUCUUGGACUUACAAAAACUUUAUCACAAAUGUAUGGACAAAAAAAUUGUCGAGUUAAUUCAGUUUCAGUUGGUAUGAUUUCUGAAGAUGGAAGCGGUGCUAUAUGGGAUGAACCAAAUGAUGAGUUACGGUCACAAUUGGAACAACUUGUACCAUUAGGCAGAGUUGGUAAAAUUUAUGAAUGUACUAAUACUGUUGAAUUUUUAUGUGGAAGAGGAGCUAUGUUUACGACUGGUGAAAAUUUUGUCAUCAAUGGUGGAUUGUCUGUUAGGAUUUAA